UAUGAAAAGGAUAUAUUUUAGUGUUAUACGAAGUAUUGACACAGUUAUGAGAGAGAUAACGAGUAAGUAUUGCGAGUUACAUGUUGGGUUAUAAGUUGCAAAGUAACCAACAGCAAACAUUGAAUCCACGAGUAAGUUCGGUCGUAUCUAAGUCGUCACGGAUGGCAACACGUAUAUAGUUUGUGUGGGUUUGGCUUUUCGCACCCACAGAACCAUUUUAAAAGUUGUUUGCAAAGUUUUAGUGAAUAUGCAAAAGAAAGAAAGCUCAUAUUUGAAGUUGGGACGGAAUAAAUAUUUAUUAAGUAUAUUCUAGCUCGCAUGUGUUGGUUCCUGUAUUGCCGCACAACUACUUGCCUUAAACCUAAAGUUUCAAUAUUAUAAAUCUGUGGGUUGAGGAAGAAGGAUAUCGACCGAAUCUAUUGUGUUUCAAACCGAUUGUUGUUGCGUGACUGUGAUUUGAUCCUACCGUUACACCUGGGCAAGCCUAAACGUUGCUUCGUUUACACCAUUGGUUAGUGUAGGUAGGAAUAGGGUAUUUAUGGACAGCCGGGAAUUGUUUGUUAGUUAUGAUGUGGCGUCAAACAUCAAUGAAUUCCGGGAAGCGAAUCAACAAAAUAUUAGCCAUGUUGUUGUUGUUUGGAACUUUAUAUACGUUUGUUUUCUUAUCUUCUAACAAGCCAAGAACUACAGGAAACGAACCAACCAACUUUUGUUCGACUCCAUCACCAUUGCUAACGGGAAGUACCAACGUUAACUUUGAAGACGGAGGUGGUCGAACGAACUGGCCGCCAACGUUCGAGGAGAUCAAUCAGGAAAACCUUCACUUACAAGCAGGCGGUUUCUAUCCUGGCCCAAGCACAUGCACUCCCAAGGCAACAGUGGCGAUUAUUAUCCCUUAUCGUGAUCGUGAUGUUCAUUUAAGAUUUCAACUGCAUUACCUUCUCGGUAUUUUAUUCCGUCAACAAACACGUCACGUGAUCAUAGUAGCCGAACAAGAAGGGCUGGAUAUUUUUAACAAGGGCCAACUCAUGAACACAGCGUUUAACUAUGUGAUGAAGGAGUUGAAGUUGGAUGUCGAUUGCGUGUUCUUCCAUGAUGUAGAUAGCAUUAGUGAGGAUGAUAGGACACUUUAUGAAUGCAGAGGUAAGAAGGAGGUUGUUCACUUAUCUCACCGAAUGGACAAGUUUAACUAUAGGUUUUGUUGCGGGGUAACUGUGGGCGGAGUACUGGGGAUGUUGCCGACACAGUUUGCCAAAGUCAACGGCUUCUCUAACAUCUACAGCGGGUGGGGAGGGGAAGACGACGAUAUGAACGCGAGGUUGACGGAACUUGGAGGAUACAAGAUAUAUCGGCCUGUUGAUGAAUACAACAGAUACGCUAUGGUUCAUCACAAACGAGAUGCAGAUAACCCCAACAACGAUUAUGGACGUCGCCUUUAUUUAAAGUGGAAACAAAGGCAGCCCAACGAUGGCUUAAACUCGUUAGAAACAGAAGUUAUAUCUGUAGUUAAACACCCAACACACACAAGACUUUAUAUUCAAACCAAACAUAUCGACGUCGACGAUUGGUUGGGAGAAGAACAACCUGAUGUAAUAAAUCAAGGAUGAUAUAAUACGUUAUUAUAACUUUUAUACUUCUGAAAUUGAUGUUUUUUAUAGGUGUGUAACACCAAUACAUUUCCUUUCGUUG